AUGAAAGUCGAAAAGAAGUUUGAGGAUCCUGGUUCCUUCACACUACCUUGUUCACUUGGUUUUCAAAUCUUCACCAACAAUUUGUGCGAUAUAGGAGCUUCGGUCAGUGUUAUGCCUCUCUCUAUAGCUAAGAAACUAGGAUUCAAUGAUUUCAAGCCCUUCAGUUUUUACUUGAUCCUCGCUGACGGAAUCGUUAGGAAUCCCCAUGUUCUUCUUGAGAACUUGCCUAUUAGGGUUGGAAAAGUGGAGAUCCCUACUGACUUUGUGGUUCUAGAAACGGAUGAGGAGUCUGAAGAUCCAUUGAUCCAUGGAAGACCAUUUUGA